UUUCCUCGGCAGCCGCUGCAGCGCACAUGACAGGUCCCCCCAGAAAGGAGCCUCUCGGGCUCAGCCGGCGGUUGUUAUGGAGACGCGGCUGGCAGCCUUUGCUCUGCUGCUGAGCGUGGUCGGGGAGGCGCCAACAGUUUACGGAAUUGCCCAGCCUGAUUUUGAAGAGAAAUAUUUCGAGCAGUGGCUGGAUCACUUCAAUUUUGAAACUUAUGGCAACAGAACCUUUGCACAGAGAUACCUCAUCACAGCUAAAUUCUGGAAAAGGGGAGUGGGCCCCAUCUUUUUCUACACGGGCAAUGAAGGAGACGUCUGGGACUUUGCCCAGAAUAGCGGCUUCAUCCUGGAGCUGGCUGAGCAGCAGAAUGCCUUGGUGAUCUUUGCAGAGCAUAGAUAUUAUGGGAAGUCACUUCCAUUUGGGACAGCAUCUCUACAACAGGAACAUAUCGGUCUGUUGAGCAUAGAGCAAGCCCUUGCCGACUAUGCAGUGCUCAUUGUGGCAUUGAAGAAGCAGUGUGGCGCAAAGGACUCCCCAGUCAUUGCUUUUGGAGGCAGCUAUGGAGGGAUGCUCAGUGCAUACAUGAGAAUGAAAUAUCCUCACAUCGUGGUCGGGGCACUUGCUGCCAGUGCCCCUGUGCUGUCUGUGGCUGGACUUGGAAACUCUAACCAAUUCUUCAAGGAUGUCACAGCCGAUUUUCAGAACUACAGUCCAGAUUGUGUCAAGGCUGUGCAAGAAGCAUUCUGGCAAAUCAAAGACUCUUAUCUAGCUGGAGCAUAUGAUUCAAUCAGCAGUAAGAUGUCCAUCUGUGAGAAGCUUUCUUCAAAGGAAGACAUCUACCAGCUGUUUGAAUUUGCUCGGAAUGCCUUCACCAUGAUGGCUAUGAUGGACUACCCUUACAAGACUGACUUCAUGGGUCAUUUUCCAGCAAAUCCAGUCAAGGUUGGUUGUGAUCUGCUUCUGGAAAAUCAGGACUGGAUCAGAGGCUUGGCAGCUCUUACUGGAAUAUUCUACAACUCAUCCGGUCAGGUGCCAUGCUUUGACAUUUAUAAGCAGUACCAGAAAUGUGCAGAUCCAACUGGCUGCGGCACCGGCUCAGAUGCCAACGCGUGGGACUAUCAGGCCUGCACAGAGAUCAACUUGGCAUUUGACAGCAACAACGUGACUGACAUGUUCCCGGAGAUUCCCUUCACUGAUGCUGCCAGAGAACAGUACUGCUUCAGCAAGUGGGGUGUGCACCCCCGACCAUUGUGGCUACAGACCCAGUUUGGGGGCGGUGAUCUGACUGCUGCAAGCAAUAUUAUCUUUUCCAAUGGAGAUCUGGAUCCCUGGGCAGGUGGUGGGAUUAGAAAGAACCUGAGUGCCUCACUGAUCGCCAUAACCGUCAAGGGAGGGGCUCAUCAUCUGGACCUUCGGGCAUCCAAUGCAGCUGACCCACCAUCUGUCCUGGAGGCCCGCAGUCAGGAAGCAAGCAUCAUCCACGACUGGGUGAGACUGGCAAAAGAAGGCCCCGAGUCUUGAGUGAACUAGUCUCGCACUGCUCUUUAUUUGGAGUAAUCAAUGUUCUGGGACUGAAGCCAGUGAAAAAGUCCUUUGCUAAGGAAAUAAUCGUCCAUGAUGUGUCCUUUUGAGGCAGUGAUGCUUCCGUGGUUUAAGCCUGUGUCAGCAAGAAUAAAACUGGCCAAAUUCCUCAA